UCGUCCGUUUUGUAGGUGCGCUCGGACUCGCUGUCGAGGGAACCGGACCGUCGUGGCGCCGCGUGGCCACCGGUGACAAGCAUGGCAGCCCCACGGCUCCCACCACCAGACCCCCAGUUUGUCCUCCGAGGCGCCCAGUCGGCGGUGCACGCACUGCAUUUCUGCGAAGGAGCCCAGGGGCAGGGGCGCCCGCUGCUCCUCUCAGGGUCCCUGCGUGGGCUGGUGCACAUCUGGAGCCUGCAGACACGGAGGGUGGUUGCCACCCUGGACGGCCAUGGGGGCCAGUGUGUGACCUGGUUGCAGACACUGCCCCAGGGGCCCCAGCUCCUCAGCCAGGGCCGCGACCUGAAGCUGUGUGUGUGGGACCUGGCAGAGGGCAGGAACGCCGUCGUGGACUCUGUGCUCCUGGAGAGCGUGGGCUUCUGCAGGGCCUCUGUGCUGGCUGGGGGCCUGCAGCGCUGGAUGCUGGCUGUGCCGGGGAGAGGCGGCGAUGAGGUUCAGAUUUUGGAGAUGCCGUCCAAGACGUCAGUGUGCUCCCUGAAGCCCGAGGCACAGGCCAGGCUGGGCAUGCCCAUGUGCCUGCAGCUCUGGCAGGCUGACACCAGUCCCCGCCCUCUCCUCCUGGCCGGCUAUGAGGACGGCUCGGUGGCCCUGUGGGACGUCUCCUCACGGAAAGUGUGCAGCCGCGUCGCCUGCCACACAGAGCCCGUCAUGGGUCUGGACUUCGACUCCCAGGAGGCCAGGGGCGUCUCAGGCUCUGCAGAGAAGGCGCUGGCCGUCUGGAGCCUGGAUGAGCAGCAGGCCCUGCAGGUGCGUGGGACUCAUGUGCUCACCAACCCCGGGAUCGCCGACGUCAAGAUUCGGCCAGACCGUAGGAUCCUGGCCACCGCGGGCUGGGACCAUCGCGUCCGUGUGUUUCACUGGCGGACGAUGAAGCCGCUGGCCGUGCUGGCCUUCCACAGCGCCACCGUGCACUGCGUGGCCUUCGCUGCCGACGGCUUGCUGGCCACAGGGUCCGGGGAUCAGCGCAUCAGUGUCUGGUCUCUCUACCCGCGCACGUGACUCGUGGCUCCUUGUCAGGACACUUGGAUAGUGGGAAGGUGGUGCAAGGGGUCAGAGGCCAUGGGCCACGGGCCCCACUGGUCAUGGGAAGAGCCGGUCAUUCGGGCCUCCUUCCUGCAUUGGACCUGCUCCCUUUCAUGAAGCACAGCGUCUGUGCCACGGUGACUGCCAUUUAAAGCAUAACCAGGCCAGACACUGGGCACCAGCGACCCAGGCGAGAGGCCGACCCGGGGGCGCCUGAUAAUAAACUUGUU